AAUAUAUUAAUAGCGGGUAUUACGAAAAUUAGUUUCGGCCUAGGUAAGGAAAUCGUCGCCCUAGGUAUAGUAAAAGUAAAGACGCACUUCGGAAUAAUAACUUUCUAUAUUUUACCCGUUAAUACCCUAUUUUUCCUAUAUCUAAAAGAUAUAGAUCGACUAGGUAUUAUAUUUAAUAAUACGAAGAAUAGAAUUUCUAAUAAUAAGCACUUCGAGAUAGUCGAACAAUAA